AUGGCGCAGCAGGAAAAGUGUGACUUACUAGCUCAACUAUUUAAUUCAAAUCAUAUGACAACACAUCCUGGCGAUGCUACAACGAUUGCAUACGUGAACAACACAGUAAAUGUUAUAAGAAAUACUAUUGUUGCACAUAAAACUGAUUAUUUUUUAUUAGAUGUUCUGGUGAAUGGUUAUCUCCACGAAAUACAUCAGUUCUUCACUGCGCGUAACCUGCAAUUAUCACCAGCGAAGUCGUCAACAACACUUUUUACCACCUGGACGAAGGAAGUAAACCUAAACCUUGGCAUCGUGGUCGAUGGAGUCCAAAUUCCGAUCGUGCACCACCCAAAAAUAUUGGGGGUCACAUUUGAUAGCCUCUUUACUUCCUCAGCUCACGCCACUGCAAUCACGCACAAAUUGCGAAGUAGAAACAAGGUCCUCAAAGCGCUAGCCGGCAGCACUUGGGGUAUGGAUAAAGAAACCUUGUUGGCUACAUUUAAAACGAUUGAUCGGUCAGUGAUUAACUAUGCUGCUCCAGUGUGGUCACCUUCGCUAAGUGAUACCCAGUGGAGAAACAUUCAAAGCUGCCAAAAUGCCGCCCUAAGGACUGUAACGGGCUGCCUACAAAUUACCUCGGAACAUCACCUGCACGAGGAAACGAAGGUCCUUCCAGUCAAGGAACACAAUGUCAUGUUGACUAAACAGUUCCUCCUGGGAUGUCAUCGGAGAAGUCAUCCCAAUUUUAACAUAACACAAUUGGAUACUCCCCCGAG